AUGGAGCUCUUCGAGACCAACCCUUAUUUUUUCCCGGACCAGAGGUUUUACGAUGGGGAAAAUUUCCUGGGCUCUCGCUUGCAGGGCUACGAGCCAGUGGCAUUCCCUGAGCGGCCCGAGGUGGCCCUGUGUCCCGAGGGCAGGGUGGCUUUGGAGGAGAAGGACUCAGCCCUGCCUGAGCAUUGCCCUGGGCAAUGCCUGCCCUGGGCCUGCAAGGUUUGCAAGCGGAAGACGGUCUCCAUCGACCGGCGGCGGGCAGCCACCCUGCGGGAGAAACGCAGGUUGAAGAAGGUGAAUGAAGCCUUCGAGGCGUUGAAACGCAGCACCCUGCUCAACCCCAACCAGCGGCUGCCCAAGGUGGAGAUCCUGCGCAGCGCCAUCCAGUACAUCGAGCGCCUGCAGAGCUUGCUCAGCACCCUCAACCAGCAGGAGCGGGAGCAGAGGGACCUGCGCUUCCGCCCUGCUGCUCCCCAGCCCGGGGCGGCCAGCGAGUGCAGGUCCGGCAGCUCGUCCUGCAGCCCCGAGUGGAGCAGCCAGCUGGAGUUCGGCACCAACCCUGCGGAUCACCUCCUGGCCAACGACGUGGCAGAGGACCGCAACCUCCACUCGCUCUCCUCCAUCGUGGAGAGCAUCGCCGUGGAGGACGUGGCUGUGACGUUCCAGGAGGAGCAGGUUCAAAACUGAGCC